AUGACCUCCUUACUACGCAGUUCCUUCCGCCUACCACUUGCAUCCUCGAGCCGCUUCUUCUCUACAUCCAUCCGCCGUCUCGCACAGGAACCAGCCCCUGUCGACCCUCAAGCCGCCAAGAAUACAAAGGUUUCGGCCAACUACAGCAGCCCUCAGAUCCGCAAGCCCCGCAGAGGCCCCUACGCAGACUCGCCCUUGCCAGUCUUCCCUCUGCUCGCCAUCUUCUUCACCGGCUCCUUCCUUUUCUACCAACUCUCAAAGUCACGAGCAGGCCAAGGCAAAUCCCACUACCCUCUGUUUCCCACUGGUGUCGCCGACGGUGAGGCUACCGUCAUCUUCGUCCUCGGUGGUCCCGGUGCUGGCAAGGGCACUCAAUGCAGUAACAUCGUCCGCGACUACAAGUUCAAGCAUCUCUCCGCUGGUGACUUGCUGCGCGAAGAGCAGGACCGCCAGGGUAGUGACUUUGGCGACCUGAUCAAGGAAUACAUCCGCGACGGCAAGAUUGUCCCCAUGGAGGUCACCAUCCAAUUGCUCGAGAACGCCAUGCAGGCCACCAUCAAGAACGACGGUAUCAACAAGUUCCUCAUCGACGGUUUCCCUCGCAAGAUGGACCAGGCCAUUCAAUUCGAAAAAUCCGUCUGCAAGAGCAACUUCACUCUGUUCUUCGAGUGCACCGAGAAGGUCAUGGAGGAGCGUCUGCUCAACCGUGGCAAGACCAGCGGCAGAGCCGAUGACAACGAGGAGAGCAUCCGCAAGCGUUUCAGAACCUUUGUCGAGACCAGCAUGCCUGUUGUCGAGUACUUUGACAAGGAUGGCCGUGUCGUCAAGAUACAGGCUGUUCAGACCCCUGACGAGGUCUACGAGCACGUCAAGCUUGGUUUCACUGAGCGUGGUAUCAAGCUCGUCUAG